GAGGGGUGUGAGAGAGAGAGAGAGAGAAAGAGAAAGAGAGAGAGGUGCAGCUGAGAGAGACAGCCUCUUAGAGCUGUGAGGCAGAAGUGAUGGAUUCAGCCCACAGAAAAGUGACAGUCUUCUCCUAACGGGCCACAGACAGUACACAACCUGCCCUGGACUCUCACCAUUUAUCAGGAAACUACCUCCACCAUCCAACUAAAGUUACCAGCUGUCUCUUGAAAAGUGUUCCAACUUUUCCCAAGUGGAUAUUGGAACAAGCUACAGUUGGGCUAAUGACGCUCUUUUAAUAAUAGAACACCACUACCUCUGCACUGCUGGAAUGGACUAAGGUGACUCAGAGUGAGUAACUAGACGGGCAGUGCGUAGAAAGGGUGAGAGAAGGACGCAAGGGUGCAGCUUUCACACUUGGGAUGACUUUCUACCAGGAGAAACUUCAAUCAGCUCUGCCAGGAGGGCAAGGCAACUGAGGGAGCCUCAUCAAUACUCUACUGUUAUCUGGCUUUUGUGAGUUGGACACAAACUCAUGGAUCCCCCUUCAGUGGUCCUGCUGGGACUCCUGCUUGUUUAUGGACUAGCCUGUGGUGUCCAGCAGACACAGGGGAGUCCAUCGGACAGCAGCCAAGACAGAGACAGGACCCAAGAAUUUGAGAGUAGUGAGGAUGGUCUAGGGAGAGAGUUUCUCUAUGCUGGAAGGAGCAAACGUGCUCCAGCUGACCAGCAGCAGGACAAGUGCUCCUACACUUUCAUUGUGCCUCAACAGAAAGUGACUGGAGCCAUCUGUGUCAACUCCAAGGAGCCGGAGGCUAUGCUGGAGAAUCGAGUCAACAAACAAGAAUUAGAGCUGCUAAAUGUGGAGCUACAGAAACAGAAGAGGCAAAUUGAGACACUGCAGCAAUUGGUAGAGGUGGAUGGGGGUAUUGUCAAUGAGGUCAAACUUCUGAGGAAGGAGAGCCGAAACAUGAACUCCAGAGUCACUCAGCUGUACAUGCAGCUGCUCCACGAGAUCAUUAGGAAGAGGGACAAUGCCUUAGAAUUGGCUCAAAUGGAGAACAAGAUCCUGAACCAAACUUCUGAGAUGCAACAGCUCACUAGCCGAUACAAAGAUCUCGAGCACAAGUACCAGCACUUGGCUUCUUUGGCCACAAACCAAUCAACUCUUAUUGCCCUGUUGGAAGAACAGUGCCAGAGUCGCCCUCCCCCUCGUCAUGUGCCCGUCCCCCAGCCACGGCCUCAGCCACCUCCACCAUCACCACCUCUAAACAAGCCUUACCAGCCACCUGCCCUCCCACGAAUUAACAACCCAAUCAGCAACGAGAUCCAGAGUGACCAAAAAUCUCUACCGCCUCUUCUUCCAACGAUGCCCACUGGCACACACAGCCCCUCCACUACUGACAAGCCCUCUGGCCCAUUUAAGGAUUGUCUGCAGGCUCUGGAAGAUGGUCACACUGCCAGCGGCAUGUACCUGGUGAAGCCAGAAAAUGCCAACCGGCUUAUGCAGGUGUGGUGUGACCAGAGACAUGAUCCAGGUGGCUGGACUGUGAUCCAGAGGAGGGUGGACGGCUCUGUCAACUUUUUCAGGAACUGGGAGACGUACAAGCAAGGUUUUGGCAAUAUUGAUGGCGAGUACUGGCUGGGUCUGGAGAACAUCUACUGGCUGACCAACCAGGGAAACUACAAACUGCUGGUCACGCUGGAGGACUGGUCUGGCAGGAAGGUGUUUGCAGAAUAUGCCAGCUUCAGAGUAGAGCCUGAGGCUGACUUCUAUAAGCUAAGGGUGGGUCGUUACCACGGCAACGCUGGAGACUCACUCACCUGGCACAACGGCAAACAGUUCACAACACUGGACAGAGACCAUGAUGCAUAUACAGGCAAUUGUGCCCAUUACCAGAAGGGAGGCUGGUGGUACAACUCUUGUGCCCAUUCAAAUUUGAACGGAGUUUGGUACAGAGGCGGACACUACCGUAGCCGCUACCAAGAUGGAGUCUACUGGGCUGAGUUCAGAGGAGGAGCCUAUUCACUAAAGAAAGUUGUCAUGAUGAUCCGUCCAAACCCAAACACCUUCCACUAAGCAACCAAGGAACACAUACUGUACUGUAUGUCUCACUAGACAAAAAACCUUUACAGCUCCUAAAAUCCAUGCGAUCUUUAUCUUUUUUUGAUUAAUGGGGUGGCACCAGACCAUGCCAGAUAGAAAGAUGAUGUUGAAAGCGCAAUAACAAAACAUCAGCCCGAUAAACUGAUACCUCCUGACGCUUCAAAGAAUUUCUUCAACCGUCUGUACUGUUUUCCCGUUCACAUAUGACUCAGUAAAGACAUGCGCUCAUUGCUCAGGAGUUGUUUUAAAUACACUGUCUUUGAUAACACAAACAGUAAUCCACUUUGAUCUGAGAGCAAAAAACAAUAUUAACCUAAUUUGACAUGAAAGGAACAGAUCACGAUAAUUCAACUAAGUGAGAUACGAACUCUACAAUAUAUAUUUAGUAUGUAUUUAAAGAUAUUAUUAUUUGCAGUAACAAGCAAAUGAGGUUGACACAGGAAACAUAUCCAGUGACUUUUAAUUUCAUUCUAAAUAAAUUUUUCAAAUGUGUAAUUUAUAGGAACGGUAACAUUUAUUGACUUGUAAUACAGGGUUGAUAUUCUGGCCAGUUUUGACAAUGAAAUACACAAUAAAAAUGGUGCCUUUACCUUUUCUAACAUAAAACCAAAACUGUUAACACCAAUAGCUGACAUUUGUAACAGUCUGCUUAUGUAACAUUUAGUAGAUCUAAGAACAAACCACCAAAAUUUGAGGCGGUACACUCUUUUCAAAGUCCUGCUUUAUCUUAAAAAUACUUGUUUUGAACUCUUGAAUUGCUUGAACAGGUAUCCACCAAUUUGCUUGUAUGAAUCAAGCACUGUAUUUACUGUAUAUUUUAGCGGUUUGUUGAUGUCAAUAGAUCCAACACAUUGCGUUUGUACAUAAGACAUUUGUAAUAUAAUGUAUUAUAACCUAUUAUGUCACUAUUAAGUUGCAAUAAAAUAUGUACAGUUUG